AUGAACUCCCUCCUGAGUACGUUUGCUUUUCUGGCGAUCAUCUUGGCGGUUAACUCGAUGCCAGGUCCUCCUGCCUUCCCCAUUGUGAGCCUUUCUUUCAAAUUUAAACCAAAACUAGAUCCGGCGGAUGUUUUUAAAGAGCUCCCGUGCCCGCAUACCCAGAUUAUAUUGGCAUUUUCAGAAAGAGAUUUGUGCGGCGUACGGAGAAAAGUGUGUGAACAAACUCGGCCGAAAUGACUGUCCGGCGAGAGUGGUCGAGUGCGAGAAGUACGCCGAUCAGGGAAUCAGGACUACCUGGUCGUUUUGUGAGUGGGGCAACGGGUUACUGUCUGUGGGUUGGAAAAAAAAGUAGAACUCACAAGGUUUAUUUGACAAAAAUACCGUAUUCUGUUAGAAACGGACACUCUUCUCUGGAAUCUUUUGAAUCGAUUGCCCCCCACCCAUUUCACGUUGAAACUGAUACUUUGAAUGUUCUAAAUGGUUGCAGGCAUGUUCUCCAACAACUACGACCUUUCGACGUGCCACGAACGCAUCCAAAUCGACUUCCAAAUCAUCCAAUCUUGGAUCAGCAAGGACCAAUUCAAGUACUUUCCGGAAUAA